AAAAAAAAAAAGUGUUCCCGGAAACAAUAUACCCGUCCCGUAAAGAUUAAAAAAAAAAAAAUGAAGGCCGCCAAAUUACAUCUUUUUCUUUUUUUUUUUUUGUAUUGCAGCAAAAGAAACAUUCUCAUGGUUUGGCCAUUUCAAAAUAAAAAAGUAGCCCAGGACAGCAAUGGCGAAUCUCGUGGAAAAUUACUCGAGUCGAGGCAAAAUACUGAAAGCACACUACAAAACGAAGAAGAGGAAGAGGACGGAUACAAGAAUAAAUUCAAAUAUGCGCCGAAACGUCAGAAUGAAGAUAUCGCGAUGGAUUUAGGCACAUUGACAGAUAUAUUUAGCUUUGGAUUCAUGAAGGGACGUCCGAUUCUUAAUUUCUUUCUAGCUAUCCUUUGGAGUAUAGGGUUGCCAAUUCUUAUAUAUAAUAUUUUGAAGCCAUACAUUGGACAAGUACUGGCCAUGAUUGUUGCGUCUGUCCCACCCUUGGGUAUUGUCAUAGUACGCAUGUUAAAGGAUCGUACAUUUGAUCCUCUUGGAUGUGUGGCUGGUAUCAGUUUUCUCAUAUCCGGUAUUUUGUCAAUUGCUGAGCCUGAUGAAAAAACAGCGGCCAUUUGUGAAUCCAUUGUACCACUUUUAGUUGGCGUAAUGUGCAUCAUUUCGGUCAUACCAAUCAAAAUUGGCUCAUUCGAGUUAAAGCCUUUAGUGUUUCAAAUGGCAAACCAAAUAAUGCCAAGAUCUGAAAAUGAAGACCUUCAAAAACAAGAUGAUCUUCGUUUGACAUCAAAAUCUCCACCCUCUGGUCAAAAAAGAUUGGAUUAUCUCUACCAUAACAUGGCCAAGUUUAGGCAUGACAUGAGAUUCAUGACAGUCUCUUGGGGAGUUGUGUUAAUUACUUCCUUUGUUGUCAAGGUCAUCAUCGUUACCACAAGCACAGAUAUUGGUAAAGCGCAAAUUAUCGGCUAUGUUAUCCUCGGUCUGGCGUCAGUGACAAUUAUUGUAUUUACCUGGAUUUACACAAACAUUGUAAAGGGACAUGUGUUGACACAAGUUGCCUUUUGGAAAGAAGAAGAGGAUAAAAAAAUGGAUAAAGGUGUGGAAACAGCAGAAAAUAUUAGCUGGGGUGUUAACAGCAUGAAUAAUGUGUUUGCACAAGUUGCUGGGUAGAUGAUAUAUAAUAAAUCAGUCUAUUAUACCAUGCUUGGCUUCUGCUGAAUUUUUUUUUUUUUCCUUCAUGCAGAAAAAAGUAAAAAACAACUGAGACAAAGAGGAUUUAUACGAUACCUAUCUAGAACACAGUCAGCUCUUAUUCAUGUCUUGUAAUGAUACUUUUAAAGCUAAAAAAUGCAGUGGGCAAACAAAUAAUUUGCAGUAAUCAUGCUCUUUUUGUUGAGUGACUGGUUAUGGGA